UAUUUAGAGAGCUAAUGGAAUAGAAUUUUGGGAAAUGAAGUAAAAAGAAACAUAAAUCGAGACACUCUUUUGUGUCUGGUUGUUUUCUUAUGCUAUUAAGAAAGGAUAGAGCUCGAUGAAUUGCUCUUUUAUAAAUAGAAAUAAUGUCACUCAUCAAGUUCCUAACAAUGAACAACAACGUAUCUCAAACAUUUAGCUUAAGAACUCAAUUACCCAUAAUUCCUAGAGAGCGCCUACAAAUAUGGCGACCUCCGGCGAUACGGAACUGAAGGUUGAUAUUCAGCCUUUUCGGGAGUCUUUAAAUUCUUUAGGCUUUGAAGCUUUUCCUUUAAAGAUAGGAUGGUACAAUGAAGUUGUGUCUCAGGCCCAUCAACUUCAAUAUUCAGCGAAUACUCUGGCACUGGUGGUCCUCAGCACGCCGUCCAUGUUUGAGAAAGUGUUUCUGCCUUUCCUGCAGACGGGCUACUGCAGAGGUGUCAGAGAUCCGAUUGAUCAAUGCGUAUCCCAGACCAUCAAAUCCUGUGUCUCAGAGUGUCUUCAUGACCAGAGUGUAGAUAUCAUGUUUGACUAUGAGAUGCUGCCCAGCAGAAAGCCCAAGUUUCUGGCUCAGACUGCCGCUCAUGUAGCAGGAGCAGCACGCUACUACCGGUCUUCAGACGUACAGGAUCCACCAUGGGGAAACAAGAAGAUGUUUGGCGUGUGUAUCCAUCCACGGCUAGGGGGCUGGUUCGCCAUCCGGGCUUUGCUGGUGCUAAAGGGUGUAGAAGUGGGUGAAGUGCUACAGCAGGUAGCUCCCCCUGAUUGUGUUAGUUCACAGGAAGACAGAAUAGAGCUUUUACAGAGGUUUAACCUGUGCUGGCGUGACUGGACCUACCGAGACAUCAUACCUACAGAGGAGCGCUACUCCGCUCAGCAACAAGAGUAUUUCAUUACCCCUCCAGAUCAGCGUGGGGAGCUGCUGAAGCGUUGGGGCUUUCUAACUGAUGCAGAGACUGAGACACAGAUCUCAACCAGCAAGCAUGGAUGAUGACCCAGGCAGCAUUCUCAAUACUGUUUAGUCUCACCACC